CCUCAGAGAGCAGAAACACGAGAUAGAGAGUGAGUUCAUAGAGCUCCGGUUUUCGCACAAAACCGAUGAGUAACAAAAUUAGAGUGGCUGUUUUAUCCUGGAGGCGACCGGCUGAUAGUCUGUCGUGCGCAAUGAAGGCAGUGCCGCGAACGUCUUAAAGAGAGCGACCUAGUCCGCGACUCAGCCAGAUCAGUAACCCUAAUUUUUCCUGUUCGAUUUUUAACAAUUUUAAGACGUUCCGUUGCUGUUAAAGUGAAUCGAACAGAUUACUGGAUUUGGCCGUCGCUCAUCGCCUCUGCCAUAAGAAAAGCUAAACAGAGCUCUCUGGUUGGUGAAGAAAGUUCCUGCUGGCGACGAGUCUAUUUGUUGGGUCUUGCUCGUCGGUGGGCGAUGAUGAUGUCGAUUCUCCUAGAUCGACUAAAUCUCCUGAAUGGGGAAGUUUUGGCGAGGUGCGAUCUUAUCGCCAUGAAAGAACUGGGAUAAAAUUCGCAAUUAAGAGAAUCGUGAAGAAAGAUGCAGCUGUCGCCUGUCGGACUCUCUUCCACGGUUUUGAGAGAGAUAAGCACGUUAAGCGAAGUACAACCUCAUGAGAACAUCGUCGCCCUAAAGGAGGUCAUAGUCAACCAGCGAGGGGAAGCCUUCGGACGACCUGCUCCUUCCCUUAAUUCGAAAGUGAUGGCUGUGGCUUCGCUAGCUCUAUUGCUUGCUUAUUUAAUUAUUAACUAAAAGAAAAAAAAGGAAGACCGGAAGAAAUGCCGACGGCAGCUACUGCUGCUGCUUUUCUGCUCCCCGCCAAAAGACUGAGAAGCUCUGAGUCUGGGCUGCUGCUGCCGUGGCGGAUUACUGUUAUGGCGGAGGGUAAGGUGAUGGCCACUACGAUAACUAAGAAAUCAGGAACCAAAAUCGUCAGAAACCCUCCAGAAUCCAAACUCACCGACCUCGGCGUCCGCUCUUGGCCCAACUGGAACGGUGGAUUAGGAGUUGCAGCUUGAGGCGGUUGUGGGCAGUACGAAGAAAGAAGGAGCGAUGGAAUCCUUCCCUCCUGGCCCGCUGAGCCCACUCCUUAAUUCAGAAGAUCAUGGGCUUCGAUAUACAAUCCAAAUUCUGCCCAAUAAAAUUGGGUUUUGGGUUCUUCAAGUGGAGAAUCAUGGUGCUAGAUAUUCGUGCAAAUUGAGAAUGCAUCGACUCAUCGAAAAGAGGUAAGAUUCAGAACCUUCUUUAUGAAUCAUUAUGAUGAAUGAUAAGCUAGAAUCUAUUUCACUUGAGUUCUAUGCAUGGUAUUGAGAAAUCCAUAUUAAUGCGAGAAAGUAAAAUAAAAUUGAUGCAUGUAUAUGUGGACAUUGAGAUGUAUUACCUCGAUGAUUAGAGUAUAGAUAGAAUACAUGUUGUGGAAUAGAAUGAUUUUGUUUAAAUGCAUGCAUAUAUGUGAAGAAUAUAUGGGAAUAGAAUGGGUUUAUUGCCCAUAAUAACGAUAUUAUAAGAAGUACUAUUAUCAGUACUACACGAACCACUUAGGUUGCUGUGAAACAUUAAAGUUUCGAGAAUAAGAGCAGCAACUGAACCAGAUCCACACCAAUUAGAAUGGUACCAUUAUUCAUGGUAACCAAAGGAUCAUCGACCAAUCCUCUAAGAAUGACUUAUUACUUUGCAAUAGCUGCGAGAAAUUAGGUCAUAUGACAUGAAAGUGUAUGAACAAGUAUAACACUGGUUCUAGUGUUAACUUGAUUGAAGAGAAGGAUUGGUGGUUGUGAUGAUUGUGAAAGAAGCAGAGAUUAACCUUUCUGGUAACUCUGAAGAAUGGUGGCUAAAUACUGGUACCUCGAAGCAUAUUAAGGCAUAUGCUAUUAAGAAAGUGUUGUUGAGUAUUGCUCACUCCACUAUUGAUCAUGGUCAUGAGAGUAUGCAUAUGAUGAUAAAGUUAAAGUGUUUAAUUCUUAUGGGUCUUGCAUGCACGUCUUUGACGUAUAUCUUGAGGAAUUGAAUAGCUAGGGUCACAUUCUCAUAAUGGUUGUGAUAAAUAUGAAUUACAUAGCUAAGCUAAUAGACCCAUAAAUAUGAUCUGACACAUUAGAUAUGGGCAAACGUGAUGAAAUGCUUAUUUGGAAUGGAUUGAAAUGCUUUAUCGCAUUAUUAUUGAUUGCUCUGGUUAAUUGUAUGUUUAUUUGAUGUGAUGCUUUUGAAAUUCUAAUGGUAGAAUUAAAGAAUAAGAGCAAUAUGAUUACGAGUAGAGCACAUGAAUGUGUUUUAACUUGAUAUAAAACACAUAAACUUAUGGAAUGAAAUACUCAUUGUUAUGUGAAAUCCAUUGAUGCCAAUAAACUUCCAUUUUAAAUCAAGAAAUAGUGGGGGUAGUGUCCUGCCUACUAUUGGAAAUAAUGGAUCUAGUGGGGGUGAUAAAUCUGAGUUUAAACUCAGAAGAAGCAAAUGAACCUGAAAUCUCUUAAGGUUUUUGGUUAUGAAUUUGUUAUUUACACCCUAAGAAAGAAAGAUCCUACAAGUCUGCUAGAAGUUCGAACUUCCAUAAAGAUGCAGAAUUGUGGGAGAAUCCAUUAUUAACGAAAUGGAAUUAUUAGUCUAAUAAGACUUAAAAUCUUGUAGAGUUACCUCUUGGUUGAAAAGCCUUGGGUAAUAUAUCGAUAGAAUCGAACAAGAUUUGGCAUUUUUGAGAAUUACCUCUUGGCAAUGAAGUCAUGGGUAAUAAAUGGAUUCUUAAAAGAAAAGUGAAACCUAUUGGUUUAGUUUAUGAGUAUAAGGAUCGCCUAAUAGCUAAGGCUUUAAGCGAAAAGGAAAAAUUGUAAAUUUUUUGUUAUCUAUUCACCAUAUGUAGAAUAACAUCCAUGUAUGUUCUGAUUGCUAGUGUUGUGCGUCAGAUGGAUUGUUAAACAUGUUUAUGUGAAUGGUGAUUUAGAUAGGAAAAUCUACAUGGGACAACCUAUAGGGUUGUUAUUCUUGAACAUGCUUAGGGAGUCUAUAGUUAGACAAAUCAUUGUAAGAUUUGAAAUAGACUCUAAGACAAUGGCAUGAAUAAACUGGUUCUCUCUCAUGGUUUUAAAAGUGAAAGUGACAAGUGCAUUUAGUACAACUUUGAGAAUGACACUUGCAUUAUGAAUGACACUUCGGUUUUUGGUACAAAGACUCGUGAUGUCAAUAUUAUGAAAAACCAUGUUGUUUGAGAAUUAUGAAGGUAAAAAGAUCUGGAUGAAGCAAAGUGUUAUGCUCGGAGAUCCAGAUUACUAGGACAAUGAAAGAGAUUUCAUCUAGAUCAGUUUAACUACAUAGUUAGAUCUAGAGGAAAUACGAGUUCUACACCUGCAUAAAUGUUUGAUGGUGCUAGUGUAAUUUUUAAGAGCACCAAAGACGGUGUAAGACAGUAAGAACAUACUAGCAUCGACAGUAUGCGAGAGGCAGCUGAUAAACAUGAGACCCGACAUAGUGGGGGUACUUGGCAGGCUUACUGAUUGUCCUAGUAUGAAGCAUUGAAAUGCUAUUGAAAGGGGUCAUGAGACACCUUAAAAGAACAGAAAAACCUUGGUAUUUGUUAUCAAUGGUUUUGCUGUAUUGGUAGGGUAUAGUGAUGCGGAUUAGAAUACCCUAUAGAGGACUCCAAGACAACAAGAGGAUGUGUUUUAAAACAUCGAUAGAGAAGCUAUGUCUUGGAAGUCAAAGAAGUAAACGAUCCUGGCUCAAUCAACUAAGAAAUCGGAAAUGAUAGAACUAGCAAUGGCUAGUAAAGAGGAAAGUUGAUUGAGAGGGUCACUACUAGAGAUUCCCUUAUGGGAAAGACCGAUCCCUCCGGUAGUUGAUUAAUUGUGAUAGCUCCGCAGCUAUUGCAAAAGAUUAGAACCGGUUCUAGAACGAAAAGAGAUGACAAAUUUGUCGUAAGCACAGUACUGUAAGAGAACUCCUAACGAUAGGAGCAAUGAGGGUGGAUCCUGUAAGAUCCUAACAGAAUCUAGCUGAUCCUUUGACGAAAGGAUUAUCUAGAGAGAAAGUCCAAAAUACCACGAAGGGUAUGAGACUUAUGGCUACCGAACCAUGGAUUACAAGUGAUGGUAACCCGACCCGAUAGACUGGAGAUCCCAAGAAACGGGUUCAAUGGGUAAUAACAAGUCAUGAGUAAUAUUGAGAAAAGUUCAUGCAUAGUGAAGCAUGAAUCCCAAAGCCUUGGAGGUUGAGUUAAACUCUUAAUGAGAUCUAUACUCUAUGUGGAGUGAAGUACUUUACUUUGGGGGUACUUCUGAUAGACUCACCUAUGUGAAUGUGGGAGUGGGGCCGCUCCCUAUGGAACUUUGGAGGCACAAAGUUGCUAGAGCGUUCACUAAACCGGGAUAACGUGU